CAUGUUAGGUCUCUUGCUCCUCUCAGAUCUGCUCAUCCUCUCCACCUGCCUCCUCCAUCAGUACCAGUUUAUUGAUCAGUCUUUAACUUGGACUGAAGCUCAGACCUACUGCAGACAGACAUACACAGACCUGGCCACCAUCGACAACUCUGAAGAACUCAAGCAACUUCUUAACACACUUUCAUCUGCUGGUCACAUGUCUGAGAUCUGGAUUGGUCUGUAUAGUAAAAUCAUCUGGAGGUGGUCUGAUGGCUUCACAGGGAGCAAGGAAGACUAUAAGAACUGGAACACUUCUGAUGAAGAGCCUGAUUUUAUUUCAGCCAAUCAGUUCUGUGUGUUAAUGGAUAAUUAUGGAAAAUGGUGGGAUAUUAACUGUAACCACAGCCACCGAUUUAUUUGUUACAAUGGAACACAACUGGGUUCUGAUUUUGUUCUUGUGAAUAAAACAAUGAUCUGGUCCAGUGCUCAGAGGUUCUGCAGAGAAAACUACAUAAACUUGGCUACUGUGAGAAACGACACAGAGAACCAGAGGGUCAGGAGCUUGUUGUCUAGUGGUUACAGCGCAUGGAUUGGUAUGUUAAGAGAUCCAAAUUUUUACUGGUCUGAUGGCAGCAGUGUCCUCUUCACCACCUGGGAUGAUGUUAGCAAUCCAAUCAGAUUCAAGCGGGUCAUAUGUGGAACUACAUCUGUCCAGAGAUCAGGACUGUGGAGGUUCAGGCCCUUUCAAAUACGAUUACAGUUUGUCUGUUACAGCAGUGCUGCUUCAGGACAGACUGACAGACAACAGAAUGAGUGGAGUCACCCUGAAGUGGAGAGAACAGCGUGAUGGAGAGGUCCUACACAAGGAGAGAAAAAGAAAACGGGCUGAGUUCUGAAAUAUAAAUCCAUACUGGAUACCAAUAUGUACUGUGAAUUUCUCGUCAGCUAUCAAAUUGAAUAACCAGCUCCAAAUGGUAACCAUAAUCUGUUAUUGAUGUUAUCAAAACUAAUUCCUACUUCUGUGAUUGUAAUAUGUACGUUGUAUAAUGUGUGAACACAAACUGUUCCUCAUUUUUCAUCUUCAGUUUCCUGGAUAGCUGUUUCUGUUGAGGCUCUGUACCAGUUUGCAUAAAACAAAUGUUCCUUGUCAUGUCUGCAGACUGACAGGUGCUUCCUUUAGUUAACAUGUUCAGGAAAGACACAACUGUAGCUUCUUUUCUUUCCUUUGCUGUUGAUUUUUUUUGGAAAUGUCUUAUGAAAUGCUCAGAAAAGGUUGUGAUAUGUUAUCUCACACAUUCUGAUCACCUCCAGCUCCACCAGAUAAAACAAAUGGUGUGCGCAGAAACAUUGUACACUCCUCUUUGAUGACUCUGAAAGAGAGCAGCUCUACUGUUGGCUGCUUUGUGGGGCAGGUAGAGGAGAAGCUGGGGAAACAACACUGUAGAAAGAGCAUAUGGAGCAGCAACACAUGCAGCAUUUACCAACACAACAAAGUUAGGGUCCAGGGAGGCAUGCAGCAGUUUUGAUCACGCUCUGGACACUGCACCUGCUACACAUAUCCUACACAUUUGUAUUCAGAGGUAAAUUCAUAACUGGGGCAGUCUUGUUGUGUCACCUCUCAAUGACCUGGACAGAGUCCCUGGACCUAUAAUUCUGGUUGUCCCAUUUCUCAGCUCAGAGGAUAAGAGGAUCUCUUUGUUCGACCUCGCUUCAAGGCUGCAUCUCCAGAGAAGCACCAGCUGUUUUCAUCUGGCACAGGUAUUGCUUUGGUGCAAUUCCUCUCUUUGGGAUUCACAACUGAAUUCAAUAACCAACUCAAAAAAACUUCUGGAUAAGCUGGAUUGUUCUGGACGAGGUACACGAAAACUAAACAAACAAAACUGGCUGGAACUUAAAGAUGAAAUUGUGAAUAAAAUCCUUGCACCUGAA